AUGGCGACAUCAGCAACUUUGCUUAACUAUUACCCCAGAUUUAGCUUCAGAAGUGGAAGCUCAGGCUCCAAUCCGAAAUCUUCCUGUUCUUCUUCAUCUUCGUCGUCGUGUUCGUCUUCGCCGUAUUGUUCGUCUUCCGAUAACAGGCAGGGUUUCAAUUGGAGUCUCUUCAAUUUUUCCGGCAUAUCCAGUAUUUGGGAACAUAAAAACCAUAGAGCCGCAACUACGAGUACAACUCAAGGAAACGACGUGUCACCAAUGGAGAUAAUUAAUGAGAAAGAUGAACCUAGCCACCUCCUUGUUCUUGUUCAUGGCAUCAUGGGAAGCCCAAGUAACUGGACCUAUGCAGAAGCAGAGUUGAAGAGGCGUCUGGGAAGAAACUUUUUAAUCUACGCAAGUUCAUGCAACACUUACACUAAAACCUUCGCUGGGAUUGAUGGAGCUGGAAAACGAUUAGCGGAUGAAGUCAUGGAACUUGUAAGACAAACUGAGAGCCUUGAAAGGAUAUCCUUUUUAGCCCAUUCUCUUGGUGGAUUGAUUGCAAGAUAUGCAGUUGCUGUUCUUUACAAACCAAAUGCCUCAAGUAGUAAUCAGUAUGAUGAUCUAGCUACUUCGAAAAAUGCAAACUCAGAAACAGCUUGGUCCUUGAGUCGAGGUAUGAUUGCUGGGCUGGAGCCAAUCAAUUUUAUUACCUUGGGGACACCACAUUUAGGAGUGAGAGGGAAGAAGCAGGUUCGUUCUUGUGGGAAUAGCUUCUAGUUCUGAUUUCAUUACCAGAUGAUUGUUAUUUAAUGCUGACACUAUUCUUGGGUCAUCUUUUUCUUAAAUACAUCUGUAAGUUGCACUUUUUACAUUCAAAAUUUGCAUCAUAUUACUAAAAAUAUUGGUUUCUUUUGAUGAAGAAAGAGCAUGAAGUUGAAUUUUAUUACUGGUGGUCAUUUGGUCCAAGUGGAUUGGCUCAUUGUUUUUCUUCCGUGGAUAAUAAAGUCAACUCAUGUCAAGUGAGUUCCAUUUGUAAUGAAAAAUUUAGCUGUUUGGCUCUGGUUGAGUGACAAAGUUCUUUAAUUGUACGUUUUUAUAUCGGUUUUGAAAAUCUUAUACCUGACAUUUACUCAUUAUGCAGUUUUUGAGAGCUCUCAAUGGUUUUAAUUGAUCUAAGGUCUUUGACAUUUAUAUCUUAUGCCAUUGGCUUCUGUUAAGAAUAGUAGGGUAGUAUGUGUAAUUUG